AUGAAGAGAAGCCAUCCUUUCACUUUCGUAUCUGAGUCUCAGGGGUCUCCACCUUCAGGAAAGCGGAUGGCGGCCCCAGACCAGGAAUCGCGACACCCGGAGCCAAGACCUGCGGGAGGAAGGCCCGGCCCCUCCGCUCCCCCACGCACCCGCGGCCUCGGCUCGCCCCGGCCCGGCCCGGCCUCCCGCAGCAGCGCCGCGGCGGCUGGCGCGGCUCUUCCGGGUAGGCCCGGUUACCGCGGCAACGCCGGGCCGGGCCGGGCCAUGGCGGCGGCGCGGCGGCAGGCCACGGCGCGGCGGCUGGCGCGGUUCGCCGCGCUCAGAGGUGAAACCGUGCGCCCGGGAGAGUUCUGGGACGUCGUCGCGAUCACUGCCGCCGACGCGGAGCAGGAGCUCGCCUACAAGCAGCAGCUGGCCGAAAAGCUGAGAAGGAAGGAGCUUCCUCUGGGGGUCCACUACCAUGUUUUCGUGGAUCCGCCCGGACCAAAAAUCGGAAAUGGUGGUUCAACACUCCACGUUCUUCAAUGCUUGGAAAACCUGUACAGUGACAAAUGGACUUCUUUUACUGUGCUGUUAAUUCAUUCUGAUGAAUGGAAGAAGAAAGUUAGUGAAUCAUAUGCUAUAAUCCUAGAACGAUUAGAAGAUGACCUGCAGAUCAAAGAAAAGGAGCUGGCAGAAGUGAAGCAUGUUUUCAGCUCUGAUGAAGCCUUCUGCAAAGUCAAUUUAAAUUACCGCACAGAGAAUGGGCUCUCUCUUCUUCAUUUAUGUUGCAUAUGUGGGGGUAACAAAUCACAUGUUAGAACACUUAUGCUGAAAGGACUGCGCCCAUCCAGGUUAACAAGGAAUGGAUUUACAGCUCUGCACUUGGCAGCUUAUAAGGAUAAUGCAGAACUCUUAACAGCACUGCUGCAUGGUGGAGCUGACAUUCAGCAAGUCGGGUAUGGAGCUUUGACAGCCCUUCACAUUGCUACAAUAGCAGGUCACCAUGAGGCAGUUGAUAUCCUUUUGCAGCAUGGCGCUUAUGUGAAUGUUCAGGACGCAGUUUUUUUCACUCCACUGCAUAUUGCUGCAUAUUAUGGCCAUGAACAGGUUACCCACCUCUUGCUGAAAUUUGGAGCUGAUGUGAAUGCAAGCGGGGAAGUUGGAGACAGGCCUCUCCAUUUAGCUUCUGCCAAAGGCUUCCUCAAUAUUACAAAGCUCUUGAUGGAAGAGGGAAGCAAAGCUGAUGUGAAUGCUCAGGACAAUGAAGAUCAUGUUCCUCUGCACUUCUGCUGUCGAUUUGGACACCAUGAAAUUGUAAAGUUCUUACUCCAGAGCAGUUUUGAAGUUCAACCCCACGUGGUUAAUAUCUAUGGAGACACACCUUUACACCUCGCUUGUUACAAUGGGAAGUUUGAAGUUGUCAAGGAAAUUAUCCAGCUCUCAGGAACAGAAAGUCUCACUAAAGAAAAUAUAUUCAGUGAAACGGCUUUCCACAGUGCUUGUACCUAUGGAAAGAACAUAGAACUUGUAAAAUUUCUUCUAGACCAGAAUGUUGUAAGCAUCAAUCACCAGGGAAGAGAUGGACAUACAGGAUUACACUGUGCUUGCUACCAUGGUCAUAUUCGUCUAGUACAGUUUUUACUGGAUAAUGGAGCUGAUAUGAAUCUGGUAGCUUGUGAUCCCAGCAGGUCUAGUGGAGAAAAAGAUGAGCAGACCUGUUUGAUGUGGGCUUAUGAGAAAGGUCAUGAUGCCAUCGUGACCCUUCUGAAGCAUUAUAAAAGACCUCAGGAUGAAUCACCAUGUAAUGAAUACUCACAGCCUGGAGGAGAUGGUUCCUAUGUGUCAGUUCCAUCCCCUCUAGGAAAGAUUAAAAGCAUGACUAAAGAAAAGGCAGAUGUUCUUCUCCUACGUGCUGGUCUGCCAUCACAUUUCCAUCUUCAGCUCUCUGAAAUAGAGUUCCAUGAGAUCAUUGGCUCAGGGUCUUUUGGAAAAGUAUAUAAGGGACGAUGCAGAAAUAAAAUUGUAGCAAUCAAACGCUAUCGAGCCAAUACCUACUGUUCCAAAUCUGACGUGGACAUGUUUUGCCGUGAAGUUUCCAUACUCUGCCGACUGAAUCAUCCAUGUGUCAUACAGUUUGUUGGAGCUUGCUUAGAUGACCCAAGUCAGUUUGCUAUAGUCACUCAGUAUAUUUCUGGAGGAUCACUCUUCUCCCUGCUUCAUGAACAGAAGAGGACGCUUGACCUUCAGUCUAAAUUAAUCAUUGCUGUAGAUGUUGCCAAAGGUAUGGAGUAUCUUCACAAUCUCACACAACCAAUCAUACAUCGUGAUUUGAACAGUCACAAUAUUCUUCUGUACGAGGAUGGCCAUGCUGUUGUUGCUGAUUUUGGAGAAUCUAGAUUUUUGCAAUCCCUGGAUGAAGACAACAUGACAAAACAACCUGGGAACUUACGCUGGAUGGCCCCUGAGGUAUUCACUCAGUGUACAAGGUACACUAUAAAAGCUGAUGUUUUCAGCUAUGCUUUGUGUCUCUGGGAACUGUUAACAGGUGAAAUUCCAUUUGCUCACCUAAAACCAGCUGCCGCAGCAGCGGAUAUGGCCUACCAUCACAUCAGGCCUCCAAUAGGGUAUUCAAUUCCCAAGCCCAUCUCGUCGUUGCUAAUGAGGGGCUGGAACGCCUGUCCCGAGGGAAGACCAGAAUUUUCAGAAGUAGUCACAAAAUUAGAGGAAUGUCUGUGCAACAUUGAGUUAAUGUCUCCAGCCUCCAGCAACAGCAGCGGCUCUCUGUCUCCCUCCUCAUCUUCUGACUGUCUUGUUGCGCGAGGAGGUCCUGGCCGUAGUCACGUUGCAGCGUUACGUAGUCGUUUUGAGUUGGAAUAUGCCUUGAAUGCAAGAGCUUACGCUGUCUGGUCACAGAGCACUGGGCAACAGCCUUCUCAGGGUCUGUCUUUGGAUGACAUAAGAAGAAACUUCCAGUACCCACCUAUUGACAAAAAUGGUUACGUGUCAGAUCCCAUGAGCACCAUGCGAUUUCAUUCCUGCAGUAAUAGUGGCAGCUUUGAAGAAAGCAGCUGACAGCGUGAACCCUCUGUCGAAGGGAGAGUCUCCGUAAACUGACAGCAACAAUUCUUACCACAUCAGCCUAACUCCCAGGCAUGUGUUACACUGAAGAUCCCUCAUUGAAUUACUUUAUUUAUUGAUGGCAAAUAUCUCUACCAUAAGUUAUGCUUUAGCUUCUUUUUUCUGCUGACCUGCUUGGGGGGGGGUAAGUAAGUGUAAGUGGGUGGCUUUGGUGACAAGCAUCUCUCCCUCCUUAGCAAAGUAAAUGUCCACAAGGAUUGCUGCACUUUCAGCUGGAACGUUACUAAUUGGAAGAGCCGAAAGUAAAAAAAUGCAUCUGUUAGAGUUUCAGAGCUGCAGGGCAAGUCGUCGGUGCCUCAGGCUGCACGAAGGCGUGCAGCUAUCGGCCUCUCCCCAGCUGGUAGGUGCAAGGCUGAACCGAGGAAGGGAACAAUCUGUUGCUGCCCACCGCCGAUGCAGGCCACGAUGGAGACAAAGGUGUUCCUGUUCCCAGCUUCUAAACAACAGCCUGUUUCUUUUUUUGAGUUCUCCACAGUCCCAAAAGCAUCCUGGCUCCCAUUUUCAGCACUGCAGGCUCACGCAGCUCUCCAGCACAGCAUCCCCAAAGCUACAGUGGAGCUCUGCAGCAAUCUUUGGGUGCUUCUGCCUGCUUGCUGAAAACAGCGAGAUACUUAGGUGGCCACCUUACUUGUAUUCUUCUAUACAUUUUGUUUUCUUACCUAGUUUUUUAUUUUGGGUUGUGCACCUGCUUUUUCUCAAAGAACAUGCACUUUAGAUUAGUUAUGUGGUUAAGAACACAACACAGGAACUCCAAAACAAACUUCCAACUAGAAGGAAAACGUGAAACGAAGUCCCAGCCUACAUAGGUUUAAUGUAGACAGCUAAAAUUGUUGUCACAAAUACAAUACCCUUAAGCAGCACAAAGGAGGACAGCUUUUCACUCAAAGCCAAACUGCGGCACAGUGCCAUCUGCUGAGCGCUGGCCUCGGCACCGGCACAGAGGCCUCAGUCAUUCGGCUCUGCAGCAGAAACUGAUCACUGGAAAUUUAAAAAAAAGAUUGGGGGAGACCAGGAGGACUUGAACUCUUCUUCUAGAAGCUAUUACAAAUUUAAUUAUGCUAUUAUUGGGGGAGGGGGAUGGAAAUUAGGGGAAUUUAGCCACAAGCUAUCCUGCUGUAAUAUUAUUCCUUAGCUGUAUUAGGCUGUGCAACUCAGACUGGCUGAGCAGAAAUGUGUUCACAAUUUUUACAUUUUGCUCUGUGGCUGUUACCUGGGAUGCUGCCUUCUUACGACUGCUGUUCCUGAGCUGAGGUCGGUGGUAAGGCACUGUGUAUUGUACAGUGCUGCGCGUUUGAACUGUAAGUGUGUAACAGGUUGUACUGAUCCACAGCUUCCAUGGGUGCUGUUAAUGUGACAAUCCUGAAGCAAUAAAAAUGGAGAAGGUUGCACUUA